AUAUCUUUCAUCCAAAGUUAUACACUGUUUGUUUACUGUCUGUCACGUAGUUGUAACAAGUAAUACAAAGUUGGUUUUGUGUGUUCCACAGUGGUAUUUGUAAACAAGUGAGUUCUUUUGCUGAAUUCUGCUGUGAAAUAUGAUUGUGCCACCGUCAAACGCAGUUUCUGAUGAUUCAGAAGACGACGUUGAAAAUGCUGAAGUAGAUAUCUACCGCAGGAAGUAUCAACUUCUGUUGGAAAGGUGUGAAGUAUUACAGCAAGAUAAUGAAAGAUUGGUGCAUAGAAUUCAGCACGUUAAGAGGAUGCUGCGGAGGUACAGGAGGGACAGGAAAUUUUUGAUGGACUGCCUUGACCAGCAUGGAGAUAAUUGGCGGAAUGCAUACCUUCAACUUUCAUUAGAUGAACCAAGCUCUUCUGCAACAGUUAAAACGGAGAAGCAUCAGUCCAAAAAUAUAGAACGGACACCUUCAACAAAGGGAACUGCAGCAAGCGAGAAGAUAAGUCGCAAAUCUGGGAAUAGUUCAACAGGAAAACGUAAAGGAACUAAACAUGCUGAUCCAAAUGCUCCAAAACGGCCAGCAAACCCUUUCUUACAGUUUUGUCAAGAACAGCGGCCAAUUGUUAUGGAACGCUUAGGACAUGAACAAAAAGGAGAAGCAGAAACAUCUCGUCAAGAACUUACAAGGCAGUUAGCUAGUCGGUGGAACACCCUUCCAGCUGAAGAUAAAAAGGUUUACUACGAUAUGUACGGAAGAUGA